GGCAAAUCACCAGGAUUUUCAGCUGAGAAAUUUAAGAAUAAUUGAACCUAACGAGGUGACACACUCAGGAGACACAGGUGUGGAAACAGCUGACUGAAAAAUUGAUCUCUUGAAGUACAUAAGAAACCAUGCCCGUCUAAUCUCUGUUUGGAAGAAAAGUGCUAUAAUUGCAUGCAAUUUUAGAUCCUUUUUCUUUAAAAAAUAUAGAUCUGUGCAACAGAGAAAUAAACCACUACCUCUAAAGCUAUUGAUGCUGGAAGAGCAUCUGUGCCCGUGUUAAGAUGCUGAAAUUGGAGUAAACUGGCCCCUUCCAUUCUUGUAACGAGACAUGUGGGAAUUCCAGCUGGUGCUUCGGAUCCAGAUUCAAAUAUUUCUUGAGCUCCUGCAGUGUAAUAGAUGCUGUGCGUGGUGCUUUCACACACGUUAUCAUGUUUAAUUUGUCUGGCCACCAGUGAGAGACGGGGUUUCACCGUGUUAGCCAGGAUGGUCUCGAUCUCCUGACCUCGUGAUCCGCCUGCUUUGGCCUCCCAAAGUGCUGGGAUUACAGGUGUGAGCCACCGCGCCCGGCCACUCCCGCCAUACUUUAAAGAGAAGAACACAGAGCAUUGAGGCCCUGGUCCGCUUCUCCCUUGCACAGCUGACAGCAGAAUGCCUCCGAAGGUGACUUCAGAGCUGCUUCGGCAGCUGAGACAAGCCAUGAGGAACUCUGAGUAUGUGACUGAACCGAUCCAGGCCUACAUCAUCCCAUCGGGAGAUGCUCAUCAGAGUGAGUAUAUUGCUCCAUGUGACUGUCGGCGGGCUUUUGUCUCUGGAUUCGAUGGCUCUGCGGGCACAGCCAUCAUCACAGAAGAGCAUGCAGCCAUGUGGACUGACGGGCGCUACUUUCUCCAGGCUGCCAAGCAAAUGGACAGCAAUUGGACACUUAUGAAGAUGGGUCUGAAGGACACACCAACUCAGGAAGACUGGCUGGUGAGUGUGCUUCCUGAAGGAUCCAGGGUUGGUGUGGACCCCUUGAUCAUUCCUACAGAUUAUUGGAAGAAAAUGGCCAAAGUUCUGAGAAGUGCCGGCCACCACCUCAUUCCUGUCAAGGAGAACCUCGUUGACAAAAUCUGGACAGACCGUCCUGAGCGCCCUUGCAAGCCUCUCCUUACACUGGGCCUGGAUUACACAGGCAUCUCCUGGAAGGACAAGGUUGCAGAUCUUCGGUUGAAAAUGGCUGAGAGGAACGUCAUGUGGUUUGUGGUCACUGCCUUGGAUGAGAUUGCGUGGCUAUUUAAUCUCCGAGGAUCAGAUGUGGAGCACAAUCCAGUAUUUUUUUCCUACGCAAUCAUAGGACUAGAGACGAUCAUGCUCUUCAUUGAUGGUGACCGCAUAGACGCCCCCAGUGUGAAGGAGCACCUGCUUCUUGACUUGGGUCUGGAGGCCGAAUAUAGGAUCCAGGUGCAUCCCUACAAGUCCAUCCUGAGCGAGCUCAAGGCCCUGUGUGCUGACCUUUCCCCAAGGGAGAAGGUGUGGGUCAGUGACAAGGCCAGCUAUGCUGUGAGCGAGACCAUCCCCAAGGACCACCGCUGCUGUAUGCCUUACACCCCCAUCUGCAUCGCCAAAGCUGUGAAGAAUUCAGCUGAGUCAGAAGGCAUGAGGCGGGCUCACAUUAAAGAUGCUGUUGCCCUCUGUGAACUCUUUAACUGGCUGGAGAAAGAGGUUCCCAAAGGUGGUGUGACAGAGAUCUCAGCUGCUGACAAAGCUGAGGAGUUUCGCAGGCAACAGGCAGACUUUGUGGACCUGAGCUUCCCAACAAUUUCCAGUACGGGACCCAACGGCGCCAUCAUUCACUACGCGCCAGUCCCUGAGACGAAUAGGACCUUGUCCCUGGAUGAGGUGUACCUCAUUGACUCGGGUGCUCAAUACAAGGAUGGCACCACAGAUGUGACGCGGACAAUGCAUUUUGGGACCCCUACAGCCUAUGAGAAGGAAUGCUUCACAUAUGUCCUCAAGGGCCACAUAGCUGUGAGUGCAGCCGUUUUCCCCACUGGAACCAAAGGUCACCUUCUUGACUCCUUCGCCCGUUCAGCUUUAUGGGAUUCAGGCCUAGAUUACUUGCACGGGACCGGACAUGGUGUUGGGUCUUUUUUGAAUGUCCACGAGGGUCCGUGCGGCAUCAGUUACAAAACAUUCUCUGAUGAGCCCUUGGAGGCAGGCAUGAUUGUCACUGAUGAGCCCGGGUAUUAUGAAGAUGGGGCUUUUGGAAUUCGCAUUGAGAACGUUGUCCUUGUGGUUCCUGUGAAGACCAAGUAUAAUUUUAAUAACCGGGGAAGCCUGACCUUUGAACCUCUAACUUUGGUUCCAAUUCAGACCAAAAUGAUAGAUGUGGAUUCUCUUACAGACAAAGAGUGCGACUGGCUCAACAAUUACCACCUGACCUGCAGGGAUGUGAUUGGGAAGGAAUUGCAGAAACAGGGCCGCCAGGAAGCUCUCGAGUGGCUCAUCAGAGAGACGCAACCCAUCUCCAAACAGCAUUAAUACCUCCCUGGUUUUGUUUCUGCAAAAUGCUCUGGGGAAAGGAAGAAACGUGGCAGAUCCCUGACAUCUUUCCCCUUUCCUUUCCUUCUUCCCUACCUCCCCUUUUUACUUUAGACUUUAAGAAGAACAGAAAAUCUUCUUAUCCUCUUUGAUAUUUUAUUGCAAACACUCAGUCUUUUAUGAUUUUUUAAUUGUUGAGAACAAGCCAAGAAUAAAAUUGCUGCACCAGAAGGAGGUCCCUCCAAAGUUGAACACUUGGUGAAAGGGAGAUGUCUUGACUUCUUUGGCCAGUGAUGGGGAAUCAGUGAGUGCUCCAUGACGGUCAUGUUCCAGGUGCUAGUACAUCAUUCAUGAUCACCUUAAUGCUCAUAAGACUAUAUUUAUGAUCAGUGAAUAAAAAUGUCAAAACUGUG